AAUGUCUCUGAGCAAAACGUCGCUGUAGCAGCCAUUUUGCAAAGUGAGGAUCAACAAACAUCACAGAAUACCUGGUUACUUGAUCCAAAUUCUCCAGCACUCAUGGACUCCCUGGAACAACCGAAGAUACAGAAGCAGCCAUUCGACAACGCCUCUUUCGUCCCCGACGACUUGGACGAUAUCAAGUCAAUUUCGUCCGCCUCGACGCAAAUAUCGUUGCCGAACGCAGCCGUGCAAAAAAAGCACAGCAAGGACGAGAACGCGUUGCGCAAAAUCGCAGAAACCUUCGCCGCGAAGCUGACCCGCCUCAAGGAAACCAAGCCUGGAAGCAGCAGAAAAAAUGCAAAUAACAUAAGCAACAACAACAACAAC